AUGAUCCGAAUGAACCCAGUAAUCACCCUACCCCCCAACGAGUACCUGCACCGUCACCUCGCAGAAUUCGUCGCAUUCCACCUCGUCACCCUCCGAGAGAUCGCCGUCGCGACCGCCGUCAAUUGCGGCCCCCCGGAUGUCAUCUUCGACGAGCCGCACCUCAUCGUCGUCGAGCUCGCGUACUGCAACCUCCCCUUCCAGCCCGCGCGCGUCCCCAACCCCGCGCGCACCUUCCUCGUCCGCACCGCCUUCCCCGUCCACGUCUCGAGCCCCGCGGUCGCGAGCAACCCCGCGCUCGUGCGCCAGUGCACGGACGCGCACAGCGGCCUCCACAGCCUCCCGCGCCCGGACGUCGCCGGCGUCAUCCCCGUCCUCUACAGCGCCCUGCCCGUCGACGGACGCAUCCACAUCCACUGCCCGGCCCAGAUCGAGCGGGUCCCGAUCCCCCGCGCGGCGUGGACGCGCUCGGUCGAGGCCCGCCGCGCCGCGCUCGCGCGCUCCGUGCGGUACAUCGAGAUGGGCGUCGUCGCGCGCGCGGCGCCGCCGGUCGCGCCCGACGGGACGCUCAUCCAUCGCGUGCUGGGGUUCAUGGUGCGCAUGCCGGUCGGGCUCGCGGGCGGGGUGCCGGACGGGGUGGCGCCCGACCGGCGGUGGGCGUGGCGGCCGUUCUGGCGCGACGGGGACGAGGAGGCGGGGGAGUGGGCGCGCGGGAACUGGGCGGAGCGGUACGCGCUGCUGGCGCGGUUGAUGGAGGAGGUCGAGCCGCGGACGGAGAGCGGGUCCGAGCCCGGCUCGAGCGCGGGGUCGGAGGAGGUGGGAUCGGUGGAGGACGCGUAUGCGGACAUUGAACUCGUUGACGGCGAGUUGGGGCUGGACUUGAGCGUGAUACGCUACCAUCGUUCGAUCUAG